UAGGCGGAAUGUUUCUUUGGAGUUGUUGUGGAUCUCGAGCUCUCGGCUUUCCGGGCUUCCCGCACCGCUGUGCGUGUUUGCUGGGCCGACGGCAAGGCCGUGCCGGCGUCAGCAGCGGCGGCGGCGGCGGCGCACAUGCACGGAAACGUGACUUCAUUCAAGAUCUAGAGAAGGAGUUUGUCAAAAUCAAGCAGAAAACAAAGGAAGCAUUCCCUGGCAGUGGCUGGAGUCCACUGCACCAGGCUCCUGGGCUGCCUCCCGAGUGGGCUGACAUCGUCAUUGUGGGAGGAGGAGUAAUUGGCUGGUCCACUGCUUACUGGUUGAAGAAAAAGGAAGCAAUACGGGAAGGGGUCCGGGUGGUGGUAAUAGAGAGAGACCCAACUUAUGCCAAAGCCUCCACAGUCUUGGCAGUAGGAGGAAUUCGCCAGCAGUUCUCUCGACCAGAAAACAUCCACCUGUCCAUGCAGUCUGCUCACUUCCUUCGUAAUAUCCAGGAACACUUAAAUGUGGUGAACGAAGAACCUGUAGAUAUCCAGUUCAACCCUUCGGGCUAUCUAUUUCUGGCUGGGAAGGAGCAGAGUGAGAUUUUGGAGGAAAAUUAUCGAAUUCAGAGGGCUGAGGGAGCAGCAGUCACUCUGCUAACACCACAGCAGUUACAGAGGAAGUUCCCGUGGAUCAACACAGAUGGGAUCACUGUAGCUUCAUAUGGUCUGGAGAACGAAGGUUGGUUCGAUCCCUGGCUGCUGCUGAAUGCUUUCCGUAGGAAGGCGAUAUCAAUGGGCGUGUAUUCAUGUCAUGGAGAGGUGGUAGGCUUUCAAUAUUCAACCAGAGAUAUGAAAACAGAUGAUGGCAGGAGCGUCACACUGAAAAGAAUUCACCAUGUCAAUGUACGGAUGCCAAAUAGUAUGGAGUACCAGCCAGUGCAGUGUGCGCUGAUCAUCAAUGAGGCUGGAGCGUGGUCAGGCAAAGUGGCAGAAAUGAUCGGUAUUGGUAAUGGACCUGAAGGCACCUUGGAAGGCAUAAAACUCCCAGUAGAGCCCAGGAAAAGAUAUGUGUAUGUUUUCCACUGUCCAAAUGGUCCAGGACUGGAAUGUCCAUUUAUCAUUGACCACAAGGGGGUUUACUUCCGUCGAGAAGGUUUAGGAGGAAAUUACCUAGGAGGACUUUCUCCAGCUGAGGAGGAAGAACCAGACAUCAGUGAUCUGGAAGUGGAUUACAAAUACUUUGACGAGGCAGUGUGGCCCAAUCUGGCUCAGAGAGUCCCCGCCUUCGAGUCCUUGAAGUUGAAAAGCGCCUGGGCAGGUUACUACGAUUACAACACCUUUGACCAGAAUGCAAUCAUCGGCACUCAUCCACUGGUUGCCAACAUGUAUUUUGCGACCGGCUUCAGUGGGCAUGGCCUGCAGCACUCGCCUGCUGUGGGUAGAGCUAUUGCUGAACUCAUUCUUGAUGGAAAGUUCAAAACACUUGACCUUGGAGCAUUUGACUUUAUCCGAUUCUACAGAGGAAAUAAAGUAAUGGAAAAUAAUAUAGUGUGAAAUCCUGCAGCACUGCUGUGCUCACACUUCCUAAAAGACAUGAAAUAGAUUAUUUUUGAUGAACUCUUCGUUUCUACUUCAUUAGACAGUAAUCAUGGCAGAUCCUGGGUUUGCCUUACGUGGAUGUUUGGAAGCUCUUGGACUGCACUUUUAAAGAGAACUUUAAUUCAUUGCCAUUCAUCUUGAGACUGGUCCUCUCAAUUCUGUAUAGGAAUACCAAACGGCUCUGCUGAUUGUCCAGUGGUGCCCACUUCAGGUGAAGGAGCAGUCCUGGUUUUAAAGUGUUACAGUGUGAUCACCUAGCACCUGGUUUUAAAAAUGAGAAAUUAGUAACAGCACUUUUCCAAGGCUUUUAUUCUAUAAUAGUUGGUGCAAUAGCUCUUCAUUUUAUUAAUCUCAAUUGUCCACCCAUUAUCCUUUUAAUAACUUGUUUUUCCAAGUAAAUCUGUAUCACUUUAACCUUCUUUAUUGGUCUGUGCAUAUUUGGCCUUUCAGUGCCGUACAUCCCACAGCAAUAAACUGAGAUUCUGCACAUUUAUCUUUUAGGAGGGAAACGCUGCAGGCCAAUGGCAUGACAUUUGUUCAAUAAUACAGUAUCACUGCAUUACUUUUCAGUCCAGGAGAAUUUUUGUUCUAUAGAUCUAAGGAGGACUGUAACUCCUCGCUGUCAGUCCCUUCGAAGUGUCAAUGGGGGUGAAUUCAUAGUUCCAGUGGGACGUGAAUCUCAGAAAAUCUCCAGUGCCUAACUCAUGCUUUUCAUAGGAUUACAUGGAAUAUGCAGCCAUUUGGCCCAACCAAUCCAUGCCAGAUUUUAUGCUGCGUUCAAGCUCGUAUGCUUUUCCAGUCUCCCCUUAAAUGCAUCUACACUAUUCACCUCAACCACUUUGUGGUAGCGAGUUCCACAUUAUCACCACUCAGAGGGCAAAGAGAUUUCUUCUGAAUUCCCUAUUAGAUUUCUUGGUGACUAUCUUGUGUCGAUGACCACUAGUUUUGCUCUUACCCACAGGUAGAAAUAUUUUCUUUGUCUACUCAAUCUCAAAACCUUUCAUAAUUAAAAAAAAUUAUAUUAGGUCACCUCCCAGCCUUUUCAAAAUAGACCCAGCAUGUCCACCCUUUCUUGAUAAGUGUACCCCUUCUAUUAUCCUUCUGAAUCGUUAUGCAUUCUCUCUCUAUGUCUCUUUUUAUUAAUAAUAUGGUGACUACAAUUGUAUUCCAGGUGAGGUCUAAUCAAGGUUCAAUACAAGUUUAGCAUUUAUCUAUGUUGAAAUCCAAUUAUCUGCCCAUUUUGCAAAUUUGUUAAACUUUGUAAUUUGUUGCAGUCAAUCUCAGUAUUGACCAACCUCUACAAUCUCCCUUAUGUAAUACAGAAUUUAUUUUUAAAGUGCAGUAAAUGUUCAGUCGAUGCAAAAAGAAAAUUGUAACCAGCAACAAAAUAAAGUGGAGUUCUGUAUUUGCUGUGAACACUUUAGUCCAAGCUUCCCCAGCACAAGAGAGCCGAGACCCAUACAGGCCAUAACUUGCCAGGUAAAAUCCCUGGCCUGCACUAAUAUCAAAUGCUGGAGAAAUAAAUGUUGGCAAGACCAUUAGAGACUCCCGUUCUUUGAAUCAUACUGUAGGAUCUUUACAUCCAUCUGAGAGAGAACAGCUGGGGCCUUGGUUGAGUGGCAGCUCCAGCAGCGCAGCACACUCUCAGUAUCACACUGGAGUGUCAGCUUAGGUUAUAUGCUCAAGUCUCUGGAAUGAGAUUUGAGCCCACCAUCUUCUGGUUUGGGGGAAAGUUACAGAAGGAAACUCAGCAUUGUUUUGAAGGACUAUAAUGUGAGAUAGCCCCUGUUUCUGGAAUAGGAAAUGAAGUUUUCUCUAUUCCCUUUCCAUCGUUUCUAAGUUUCUAUAAGAUAGAUAUCGUACAUUUUUAAAGACAUAGACAGUGAUGAAUGCCAAGUUUAUGACGACAAAUUUAUUUGCUUUGGUUUGACUCCAGUGACAUUAGUUCUGUAUAUGGGAGACAGAGUGAUGCCAGGUAGGUGAGACUGAAUGAAAAGAUCCUCAAAUUUGAGUUUGUUUGCAGAGUUCUCGGGUCAUGCUGACAUCCAGAAUUGGAUAAGCAGAAAUUUCCUCUAAUUAAAUAUUGUGCAGAUGGUAGCUAUUGUCUGUUGUCCCCAUCACAACCUCCAUUCCCAAACCCACCAAUUCCAUCUUCCUCCCUGGCUACUGUCUGGGGCUAUAAAGACUCUUCACAAUCUCAUCAUCCUAUUUUAUCCUGAGUUGAGCUCAGAUCCCUUGUACUCUCCAUCAACAAGUCAGUCUGUUUCCACCUCUGUAAUACUGCCGAUCUUCACCACCCCCUACCCCCUUGGCUGGCCUCCCACCUUCCUUGAUAAAUUUCAGCUCAUCCAAAACUCUGCUGCUCUACCCUAACUCUCAUUAAGCCCCAUUCACGCAUCACCCCUGUACUCCCUGACCUACAUUGGCUUCCAUUCUGGCAAUGCCUCAGAUUUAAAAUUCUUAUCCUUGUAUUACCCCCAACACUGCAAACCCAGAAACAUUUAUUCUCCCAGCCUGCCCCAAACAGCGCAACUGUUCUAAAUGUGUCAGUGUCAGACUGACCACUGCACAGUUACCCAAUGAGGAUUUGAGCAGUCUGUGUGUUGAAAAUAACUCCUCUAACUGAGGUGACUUUGCCAGUGCACUCUACCACAGUACAGCAUGGCUGUUAAACUGUCUUCAACUGCCUGGGCUUUCUGCUCUGGAAUUCCCUCUAUCAAUCUCUCCAUUUCUCUACCUAUAUUCCUUCCUUAAAGCUUGGUCAAAGAGAAUUUUUGGUUAUGCUCCUGUGACAUGCCUUUGGACAUUUGACCAGGUUAAAAUGCCAAAUGUAAAUGUGAGGCACGUUGAUGUGCCAUUUAGCUGGUUAAAUAUAUUAAGUCUGUAUUGUAACUCAAUUUGCAAAUUGUUUCACUAUUGACCUGUGGAUCAUCCUUUGAAUGUAUGCUAUCUGAUUGUUAUGGUUUAAUCAGGUCUGUUCUGGUGUCAAUGAUUAAUGUUGAGAAUCACUGCUCCAAUUAAAGAAUUGAAACCACA